CUCUUCACAUGUCGGCUCUUCCCCUUCUCGCCUUGCAUUGCUCAUAUACUCCCCGCCCGGAGGAGCUCGCCCCGCUACCGGAUAUCUCGACGACACACAGGCCGCUUCACUCUCUUCUCGCGUUCGCGAUGUGCGUCGAAACUUUCACAGGCGCUAGCACAACACGUCACAAGCUAGUAACCGAAGCCUUUGGGCAACGUCUUUAGGCGUCCAGUGGCAUGAAAGGCACCAGCUCUCGCCCUCGGCUCUUUCCACAAACGGCGGUCUCUUCGUCCUCGGAGCUCCGCUCUCCGGCGGCAGCACCCGCCACCAGCCAUUGAAUUGUAUCCGGAGAUUCGUCGCGGACGAACCGGGGAGACCCACGAUGGCCAGCGGCGACCAUCGCAAAGAUGAUUUUCUGGAGGAGAGUCGUGUGGACUCGGGUAUUAACUCUUACUGUUCCUUACUGAAGUCCGAGGAGCGCAGCACCGAGCUCGGCGGUCCGAGGGACAAGUUUCCAGCCGUGGAAGAGCGCUUGGAUUCGGCAUAUGGGUCGUCGUCACUGACGGUGGAGAGCCUGGCAGAAAUAGUCAAGGACAUUGGUUUCGACCGCGACGAAGCACCAGCGACAAGCCCCGGACUCUCGGAACAGGAGGAGAACAUUAUCACAUCCAUGACAGAAGAUGGAGAUACAAUCCUGCACCUGGCCAUCAUCCACGAAGACACAUUCAUUGCAAAACAGUUGAUCCAACUAUUCCCAAAAGAAGUCCUGGACAUCCAGAACUAUUUGUAUCAGAGUCCUUUGCAUCUGGCCACCUACUUGAACCUGACCGACGUCGUCAAGAGUCUGGUGGCCAAAAGCGUUAGCAUUGAGCUGCAGGACCGGGACGGAAACACGGCGCUGCACGUGGCCUGCCAUCACGGCCUGACCGCGUGUGCCACAGAGAUGACCAGUGAAAUGUCUGCCAGCAAGCUGGCCCUGGUCCUGGAAACCCAAAACUGGAAAGGUCUUGCCUGUCUUCACUUGGCAGCGCUGAGCAGGCAACACCAGAUUCUGAAACUGUUGAUGGCAAAGGGCGCAGACCUGAAUAUCAAGGAGGGAACCAGCGGCAAAACGGCGCUCCAUCUCGCUGUGGAGAUUCACGACACCACGUCGGUGAAGCUGCUGCUCAACGGUGGCGCCAACGUGGACGCCGCCAUGUUCAACGGCUGCACGCCGCUCCAUCUCGCCGUAGGGCGGCAAGACACGGCCAUCGCCAAUCUCCUCUGCCAGUCUGGCGCCGACACCAUGCUGCGCAACGUGGAGGACGAGACUGCGUUGGACCUGGCCGAUGGCAACAAUGAUAUCCUGGCUCUCUUUCCAUUUGAUGACAUUCAGAUUUUGGGGAGGUCAGUGGUUGGCGUGAACUUUUGAGCUACUGUACGGCGCUGCAUCGCAUGCUCAUGAAGAUCAAUCGGGCUGACUGUUGGCAGCAAUCUCUCAUUAGCAAAACUGUCUUUGAACUGUACUAUUUGUAGUACUUUGUGAUUGAAUCUGUAUUUAUAUGUUCUAUAGGCAUCAUUUAAACUUGGUCUCUGGGAUUAAGGCGCCAUUCUGAUUAACCAUCUUUGACUUGAACCCUGGAAAUAACAAUCCGCUUGAUACUCUCCUCUUGACGGUCAUGUUUGCAUCAGGAUAGACAUUAAAAAUUAGUUCAAAGAUCUACCUCUUUCUCAUCAACACUUUCAAUAGCUGAUAAUCAAAAUUUGAAACGGCUUUUCCCCUGUUUCUAAAUUUCACCAGUGCAGAAUUUGUUUGGCUGCUUUUUAUCAAGCACAGCUUUUUGUUAUAAGACUGCAUAAUUCCACGUGGAGGUGUAAUCUGUGAUAUCACAUUUUUUAGAGUUUUUGCUUUACUGAUCGGUGUUACAAUAAUUGCACUGGCCAGAUUAGUUGAUGACAGUAGUUUCACGCUCAUUAAUUUUGUAAUAAAAUGGAUUAAAAGAUAA